AUGUCUUCUCUCUCCCCAGGUUAUGGGCAUGCAGCGCCGGGGACAGACGCCGGGAAGGCCUUCUGCAUGUUUUACGCCGUCCUGGGAAUCCCUCUGACGCUCGUCAUGUUCCAAAGCCUGGGUGAGAGGAUGAACACUUUUGUCAAGUACCUCCUGAAACGCAUCAAGAAAUGCUGCGGCAUGAGCAUCACGGACGUGUCCAUGGAGAACAUGGUGACGGUGGGAUUUUUCUCCUGCAUCGGCACGCUGUGCAUCGGAGCCGCCGCCUUCUCCCAUUACGAAGACUGGAGCUUCUUCCAGUCGUACUACUACUGCUUCAUCACGUUAACAACGAUAGGCUUCGGGGACUUUGUGGCCCUGCAGAAGAACCGGGCCCUCCAGAAGAAGCCCCUAUACGUGGCCUUUAGCUUCAUGUACAUCCUGGUGGGCCUGACGGUCAUCGGGGCCUUCCUCAACCUGGUGGUGCUCCGCUUCCUGACUAUGAACAGCGAGGACGAGCGGCGGGACGCCGAGGAGAGGGCCUCGCUCGCCGGCAACCGGAACAGCAUGAUCAUCCACAUCCAGGACGAGUCGCUGCAGCGGGGGCGGCGGCGACGCAAGCCGUACCGGACGGAGGUGACCGACCUGCAGUCGGUGUGCUCCUGUAUGCACUACCACUCGCAUGACUUCGGCAGCUCUGGGGGAGGGAUCGGCGGCCUGGGCUGCGCCUUCUCCCACCAGAACUCUUUCAGCUCGCAGCUGAACCCCAGCCAGUACUUUCAUUCGGUCUCCUACAGGAUCGAGGAGAUCUCGCCCAGCACCUUGAAAAACAGCUUCUUCCCUUCGCCGAUCAGCUCAGUGUCCCCGGGCCUCCACAGUUUCACAGACAAUCACCAACUCAUGAGGAGAAGGAAAUCUAUCUGA